AUGAUGUGGAAGUUUUGUAUCAAUAUCGUGUGGGUGUUUUUCACUCUGUCUUUGCCUUGGGUGCACUCGCAAGACGGGGGAGAUGUUCCACUGGAGGUGAUAACAGACAGCUCACCCUGCAGCGCCACCUGUGGGCUGGGUAUGAGAUCACAGACUCUGUGUUUGUUGAAGGACACUAAAGCAGCCAUUGAGGAAAAUACUCAAGGGACUACAGGGCCAGAGGUGACACAGGAGUGCAGGGUGCGUAAGGUGCAGUGUUUGGAUUCGUGGCAGUGCGGGCUCCGGACCCUGACAGUGGUUGUGGGACAGAGGUUGCACAUCGACUGUGUGGAGGAGGUCACGAAAGAGAUGGGUCCUUACUCCUGGAGGGUUUCAUGGCGGUACGCUCGAGGAGUCAUCACCUCUGACGACUCCCUGUUCACCCAAUGGCAGUCUCCUGAGCUGGACCAUGUACUUCUUGACCCUGUACAAGAGAAACAUGCAGGCACAUACCGCUGUGAUGUGCAGGAUGCUGGCUUUCGCAGAGUGAAGAGAAUCUACUGGGGAGUGCGAGUGCUGCACCCUGGUGUCAUUAACCUGGACAUGCAUCGCUCUGUGGACAAAUGUGAGAGAGGCCGGGACCCCCUCUUUAACAAUACCCAUGAUGCCUUAUUGUCUUUCACGUUGUUCCCUUUUCUGACCGUUGGCGUCUUAUUGCUGGUCGUAGUACUGUGCAAGAAGCGUUCUGUUCGAGAUGAGUGCUUCAAACUCUGCAAAAGAAAAGACCAAGCCCCUAUAAUGCCAUACCCCUGA